UAGAUAUUUAAUGAGAAUAUUUUUAGAUUAAAACGAAAAGCGACAAUGAAAUUUUUCGCAAUUUUCGCUACUGUCCUGGCUAUGGCUAUGGCCAUCCCAAACUCCUCAGUGUGGACUCUCCAGGACCUGUCGGAGGCUCUUCAGAAUCCUAACACCAAUCCGGCAUUCAUACCUUACCUCGAACAGGCUUUAAAUAAAUUGAUGGAGAGCCUCAUGGCUGGACACAACGUGAAUGCCAUCAUAGUACAUUUGCCCGAAAACAUCGACUUGGUCCCAUCUCCUGUGAAUCCUGAAAUCGUGGACCCUGCUCCUCAACCCCCAAUCUCCAGCCCCCUCGUCCAAAUCAUUGUCAACGUAAACGACAGGAAAGAGGUCGCACCAAGCCCCGUUAACCCGGACAUCAACCCCGGUCCGGUUAUAAUUGAUGAGCCAGAAGAAAUCAUCCCAGGCCCGGCCAUUAUUGACGAGCCAGAAGAAAUAAUCAUUCCAGCCCCUGUUAUAGUAAACAAACCAGAGUUCAUCAACUAAAAUUUUCUGUCGUUGACGGCGCCUUGGAAAUUACGUUUCAUUGCCAUAUUUAAAGAAUUGUAUAUGUUUACGUUUAUCUAAUAAAUUUGUUAAAAUAUAUGACAUUA